AUAUUCGACAAACCAAGUCAAAAUAGGCACUCUUUCUCGAGAUUGAAAGUGUGAUCGGGCUAGCUCCAUUAAAUAUUUAUGCUAGUCGAUUCGAGUUACAGAAGAUCACAUGUUCAAUGCAAGAAGGCUAGCAGCUUCAACUUUUAAGAGCGGAUAUAAGUAUAUAUAUAUUCCAUAAAAAGCACUAACUCUUGACAACCACAAGUUCAAAAUAUCAGACUUGUGUAUUUUUCCAGUGGAAAAGAAACAAGAAUCCUUUGGAAAGACUUGAUCUUUAGACCAACUGGAGAUGUCAGCAUUUCAGGCAUCAUAUCGGCCAUGUUUGGAAUUCCAAAUCACCGUUCUUCGAGGAAGAGACAUAAGUAAAGGAAAAGUUGCUGAUUACAUUGAUACGCCAGAUCCGUAUGUCAGAAUAAGGAUUCCCACAGCACCCAGCGGCAAAGCAGCAACAAAAGUUGUGUGCAACAACAAAAAUCCGGAAUGGCACGAAACAUUCAAGUUUCUUUUAGACCCCAACAAAGAAAAUACGAUGGAAAUCACGUUGAUGGAGUCUGAUAUAGUGAGUGAUGAUGUUCUCGACACUCACACAUUCAGGAUUAAUGACUUGGAGGUCGAUACCACCUGUAAACAAACCUUUAAAUUUGGAGAGACUUCCAAGGUUGAUGUUGAGAUGAAGUUGACUCGUUGCCCGUUUUCAGAUGAACUUCGCUUUAGUGGUGAGCUGUGCAGCGAGGAAAAACAAUUCCUCGCUAAAAGGCGCCAGAUUGUCUUUGAAGCCAUGCAAGAAAUACUCGGGGAACAAGGACCGUCAAAUAUCAAUGAGGUUCCUACCGUAGCAAUACUCGGAUCCGGGGGAGGCUUUCGCGCCAUGACAUCAUUAAGUGGUGUAAUGUGUGCGUUAAAAGACACCAGGAUACUUGAUUGUGCGACGUAUAUUGCUGGUCUUUCAGGCUCCGCCUGGUACAUAUCUUGUCUCUAUUCUCAUCCCGACUGGCCAUCGGUUCAUCCUCGCGUUGUGCUCGAAGAACUACGAGAAAAUGUCAAAGAAAACUUGAUCUGGCUUCUUCUCCAACCCAAAUGGGUCUACAAACACAUGCAGCUUAUCAGUAAGAAGAAGAAAAAUGGACAGCCCGUCAGCUUCACGGAUAUUUUUGGGUAUCUCGUUGGGGAUACCAUACGUAAAGGGCGUGAACCACCCAAGCUGAGUCAUCAAAAAGAAAAAGUUGAAGAUGGUUUUGUUCCUUUACCGCUCUACACCUGUGUCAAUGUCAAGAAAGAUGUCUCGGCCCAUGCCUUCUGUGAGUGGUUGGAGUUUUCACCCUACGAAGCUGGUUUCCCUAAAUAUGGAACUUUCAUGAGCACGGAAUUGUUCGGGAGUAAAUUCUACUGCGGGCGAGUUUUGAAGAAGUUUGAAGAACCAGAUCUGCGUUAUUUGCAAGGUAUCUGGGGCAGCGCAUUUACUAUUUUACUACAACAAGUGGUUCGCGAGGGGCUCAAGGAACCCGAGGAAGUCAUAAUGGCUGCAGAAAACAAAGGGAAUUUGCGCAAACAAAUGGAGGAUAUGGUAGCUUCGGACGCGAUUGGCCACGCCAACAAAGCAAACGGCGAAGAGAGUGAUGAAGAAUCCAACGACGAACCAAAAGAAUCUCCGAAUAAAGCAGAGAAGGACAAGGAAGACGCGCCUGAACAAAACGGCGAAGAGCAUAAAAGUGACGCCGAUAAAUUUGCUGAUAUUGUGGACAAAGUCAUCAACAAGUUCGAAAUUUUUCGCACAAGGCAAGGUAGAGCAGGACUUGUUCAUAACUUCUUGCGCGGGAUUGAUCUCAAGCUGUCUGAUGACCGCACUGAUAACCCAGAUAAGCUGGAGCUAGUCACAGAAGAUAAGCGUAUAUUCCUGGUGGAUAGUGGAAUGGUACUCAACUCACCAUAUCCGAUCCUACUGAGGCCUGAGAGGAGCGUGGACUUGUACCUGUCCUUCGACUUCAGUGCUCGUGACAAAGAUGAUGAAGAACCAUUCAAGGAACUUCUUCUGGCCGAAGAGUGGGCUAAGAAGAACAACUACCCCUUUCCCCCGAUCAAUGCAGCAGAGCAGAUCGAGAAGGAAGGCCUUAAAGAGUGUUACAUAUUUCGACACCCGACUGAUAAAUCUUGUCCUAUCGUCAUUCACUUUGCGCUUAUCAACAAGGCCUUCAUGGAAUACAGCAAACCAGGUGUUCCAAGAACUGAAGAGGAAAAAUUAGCCGCUAAGUUCUCCAUCUUCGAAGACCCCAAGAAGCACUACAGCACUUUUAAUUUUCAUUACCCGAACGACGCUUUCGACAGGUUGUCACAAUUGACAGAAUUCAACACUUUAAUCUGUGAACAGACGAUAAAGGAUGUGAUGGCCGAAUGUGUGCAGAGGAAAAAGCCAGCAGCAGUGGCUAAAAACGUAACCCCCGCGAAACCAAAGAAAGAAAAGAAAGACAAGUGUAUUUUAUCCUAGAGCACGGCACUUCGCGAGACACUUAGUAAAAAUUUUAAUCAAAGCAAAGGAAAAUGCCGAGGAGAUAAUGCUAACUGCGCGCAAAGUAUGCUGUUAUGCAGAAGAGAAAACUAGAUCCUAGCGGACCUAGAACCUGAAUAAGAUGCGUAAUCUAAAGAGGUUUAUACUACAAUAGAACCCUUGCAUGUGACGUCGAAGCAGCUAGAUCUGGGGGACAAAACAAAAGAAUUCCAAUCUACUGAGAAUUGGAACCUUUUGUUUUGUCCCCUAAAUUGAGCUGCAUUCCGAGGUGCUGUAAGGGGUAUACAGACUUUUCCUGAAUUCGCAUGACAAUGGAUUUAAGUCGAGGCUUGACUUGAUUCUUUCGUUCAUCAAGUCCAGCCUCAACUUGAAAGCAUUGUUUCAUGACCUUGCUUACAAAUGAAUUUAAUUAAUAUUAAUUGCUGGUCAAGGGAAUUCAGGAAAGGUGUGUUGAGUCAACCUUCAUGGGAAAUUCAUCUCAAAUGAUGACUUUUGAGAAUUUUCCCAAACACUUCAAUUAGAAUUAAAUGAAUUUUGAAUUUAAAAAUACUGAAUAUGUUUGAACAAAAUCAAAGUUAUUUUGAUUAAGAUGUUUGAAAAUGUCAAAGAAAAAUAUCCAUAUAAUUCCAUUCAAAAUACUUAAAUUAUCUCUAAAUAGUAAAUUUAAAUUACUAACUUAUCAAUGCAAAUAGAUUUAAAUAAAGAAUACAAUAAUAAUUUCAAGGAAA